UCACCUGGAGGGGAGAGGGGAGAGGCAAGCAGGAGUCGUACCUGGAGGGAGCGCCGCUCCUCCACCAUUAGACUCUCUCGCCAGUACCUGCCUCGGCUCGCGAAGUUCGUGAUUGAGGCGACCCCCCGCUGAGGCGAGACCCUGCCGAGUCGGGGAUCCCUCUGGACCCCCUCUCUAACGCCAACGGGGUGCGGGAGUGACCGGAGCCGACCUUCGUGCGUCUCCCGCUUCCUCCCGCCACUCCACCUGCGCCGGGCCCCUUUCAUCCCCGCGGCUCGAGCUCCGGGCCCGGGAGCCAUGGUGAUGGGGAACCAGGUGGAGCGGCUCACGCACGCUCACUACCUCGAGGUACCCACGGCGGACGCGGCGAACCACGACGGGGACGGCGUGCCCGGCUCCGCGGUGGCCUACAUCUUCACGGACGACGAGGAGGACGAGGGCGACGACGGCAAAGAUGGAGGACGAGGCGGAGGAAGGCGAAGUGCGGGAGGAGGUGGCGAUGGUGGUAAAGGUCAUGGAGGAAAGGGGCCCCCCAAGGCGCGCGGGCGAGCAAGUGGAGGAGAAGAAGAGGACGAAGAGGAGAGAGGUGGACAGUUGAGCACAGACGAGGUGGAGCUGUCCGCCUUCCACAUUGACGAGUGCAUCCUGAACAAGACCCUGGCGGGGCCACGGAAUUCGCGGGGCACCGUGGAGCCGCUGGGAGCCCUGUCCGAACUGCUGCCGCGCUGCCUGCCAGGGGACCUGCUGGAGUUCUCGGCGCCGGGCGAGGUGUCCCUGUGGGUGGUGUUCGUGGGAGACGGCUACUGCGUGAGCCUGAGGGAUGAGGCGGUGAGGAACGAGACGGUGGAGGCGGCGGGCGGCGGUCGCUCCGUGCGCCUCGUGUCCUCCUGCUACCAGUUUGAGGCUCUGGCCGCGGACGCGAUCGUGCGCUGCGCCGUGGAGCAAGUGGGCGCCGCCGGGCAGCUGCUGAGCUGGGCCAACUCGGAGUGCUUCGCCGCCUGGUGCCGCUACGGGAGGCGGCAGUUCAAGAGCGGCAGCGAGCGCCGCAGCGACGGCCGCGGCCCCUACGCCCUGCGCCUUCACCUGCGCGGCGCCGAGAGCCACGCGCUGCAGUUCCACAGCCUGGAGGACCUGGUGCUGGAGAAGCGGAGACUCGAGCGCCUCGGCAGGCGGCGAUGCCUCCACGAAAUGACGGCCCCCGCCAGCACCGCGUCAUCCACAUCGUCGUCGUCCAACAGCAACAACAACAGCAACAACGCCGCCGCAACCAUCGCCUCCACGGGACGUUGGCGGUAGCGGGACGCGCGGCGUGAGGCGAGAGAGCUGAUGCCGCGUGGAGCUCCAGAGAUGGGAUCGUGAAGGAGCGCGGUGGCCAUGGAGCACUGCCCGGAUUUUGUGGAUCAUGAACUCCACGCGGAUGGAGACGUUUUUGCGGAGUAGCGGAUCGGGGUCGGCUCGCACGACUUCUCAACUUGGCGCUCACCCAUCUCAUUGUACUGUAAUACCCUCGACUCGUCUCCAUCUCGUCGCGUUGCCACGCCACCUGUUUCCUCACUCCCUCUCACCGCAGCCCUUUCAUUCGUUCUCUUUACUCAUUCGUCACGACUCCCAGCGCCUCCAUCACAACCAUCACCAUAACGCCAUCUUUCUCCACUCACUCUCAUCUCUUCCCCACUCAUCUCCACGCACACUCAUCAGCCCACACACCCUCACCUCUCCUCACCACCUUGUACUGAAUUUACAACUCACCCCCCUACUCACUCUAAACUUUCUUCCUCACCUCCACUCACCCACCACUCACCCUCAUCACCUCCACCUCACCCGUAUCAUCACUCCAUUCACCACUUCUAGCUUCUCACCCCGCAACUCAGGCUCGUCUCGCCGAUUGCCCUCGCCACCUUUAUCCGCCGUGAAGACGCUGCCGACUCGCCUGGUCCACGUGGCGUCACCUUGAGGAGCCCCGCCAGACUAUUCAGCUGCUGCUGCUGCAUGCGCCUCGCUCCUUAGAAUUCUCACUGCUGUUCGCUUGAGGUGCAAGGUGCCACCGGACGAUGCAGGUGCGCCCAGCCAGGCAGUCAAUCCCGCACAAUCCUGUACCUGGUGCCUCUCUCACCCGCACGUGAUGCCUCACCUAUACGUAAUGUCUCUCACCUGUACAGGAAUGUGACAGUGAUAUCAACAACCCACCAUCACCAACCCACCAUCACCACACAGGAUGCAACACAGCCCACACACAAACGCCACCAGCCUUACUCCAGUUUGCUUUGUGAGUUUUAAUAUUUCAAUAAAAUUAACAAUAUACUGUACCUCCUCGCUGUUGCACAUUCCUGCAGAUGUAGGAAAGCAGUCUUCCACACAGUGAUACAGGAUGUUCAGGCAGGGCUUAUUUUUACACCCGGCAUACCACAUCGAGUAUACCUCGCGAUAUCCGUGGCUACUAUUUAUCACG